AUGUACUCCCUCCGGCGGCUUCUCACGCCCAACUACGCCGUCAUCCCCGUCGGCGAGGCCGUGAUCCUGCGCGAGCCCUGGGCGCCGACGUGCGCGCUGCUCGUCGUCCCCGGCGGCGGCGACCUCGGCUACUGCCGUGUCCUCAACGGCGAGGGCAACCGCCGCAUCGCCGACUUUGUCCGCCGCGGCGGCGCCUACCUCGGCCUCUGCGCCGGCGGCUACUACGCCGCCCGCCGCUGCGAGUUUGAAGUCGGCCACGCGCCCCUCGAGGUGAUUGGCUCCCGCGAGCUCGGCUUCUUUCCCGGCACCUGCCGCGGCGCCGCCUUCAAGGGCUUCGCGUACGCGAGCGAGCAGGGCGCGCGCGCGGCCCGGCUCAGCCUCGCGGCCGACGUGGUGCGCGACAGGCUGCCGCCAGACAUGACUUGUUAUUAUAACGGAGGCGGCGUGUUUGUGGAUGCGGAGCAGCUGGCGGACAAAAAGGUGCAGGUGCUGGCGUCGUACUGCGAUGAGCUGGAUGUCGAGGGCGGCAGCGCUGCCAUUGUCCAGUGCAGUGUUGGCGACGGCAAGGCGAUUCUCUGCGGCACCCAUCCAGAAUUCGCCGCCGAGAUCCUCCACCGCCAUCCCGACGUCCCCGGCUACGACGAGCUCAUCGCUAGCCUCGCGCGGGACGACCGCACGCGGUCCGGCUUCUUAGGUCUGUGCCUCGAGCGCCUCGGCCUCGAGGUCAACAGCCAGGGCGGCACCGCGCCGCCGGUCCUCACCAGCCUCCACCUGUCCGCCGCGGACAGCGGCACGGUCAGUGAGCUCCUCUACGCGUGGCAGGACGUCAUUGACAGGGAGCACGGUCAAGACCUCCUCCGGGCCGAAGCCGACACCUUUCGGCUCCGCAGCAAGGAGGAGGGAGCCGCUUGGAACCUCAAAGAUUUGAAGGAGGCGCUGCCGGGCGGCGCCGGUGACGCCGCCCCGGAGCUCGACGCCCACGGCGUGCCCGACUACAAGACCGUGACCAAGGAUAUUGUGGCGCACGAGAAGCAGCUGCCGGAUGAGAAGCUCACGCCGCGCUUUAACCACAGACUCUUCUUUUCGAGCCUGCAGGCGUCGCAGUCCAUGGAGAAUGAUGCGCGACAAUGGGGCAACAUCCUACUCUACGGUGAUGUCGUUACGAGCACGAAUGUCCUUCUUGAAAAAAAUCCUAAACUUAUUGCAAAGUUGCCGUCGGGGUUUACGUUUACCGCCUCCACGCAGCUUGCCGGCCGCGGCCGCGGAACCAACGUCUGGGUCGCGCCGCCGGGCUCGCUCCUCUUCUCCGUCAUCAUCAACCACCCCGCCAACCUGGCCGCGUCCCGGCCGGUCGUCUUCAUCCAAUAUAUUGCCGCCAUUGCCGUCGUCGAAGCGAUCCAGUCGUACGGCCGCGGGUACGAGAACCUGCAAGUUAAGCUCAAGUGGCCCAACGACAUCUAUGCGCUGGACCCAAGAAAGCCUGCCUCGGAGAAAUCCUACGUCAAGAUUGGCGGUAUCCUUUCCCAGUGCGGGUACUACGACGGCAGCUACCAAAUCGUCCUCGGCAUCGGCAUCAACGCCGUGAACCCGCGCCCGACAACGUCCAUCUCGGACAUGCUCGGCGAGGGCGCCGCGCCGCUGCACCUCGAGACGCUGCUCGCGCGGGUGCUCGCGCGCACCGAGGCCGUGUACGCGCAGUUUCGCCGCGAGGGCUUCUCCAGGAACCUCGAGUCGCGGUACUACCGCCACUGGCUGCACACCGGCCAGGAGAUUACGCUCGAGGCCGAGGCGGGCACGCGGGCGAGGGUCUUGGGCAUCACCCGGGACUGGGGCAUGCUCCGCGUGGAAGAGACAGAUAGGGACGGCCGGGGGACGGGUCGCAUAUGGUCGUUGCAGAGCGACGAGAAUAGCUUUGACUAUUGGAAGGGUCUUGUACGGAGACGAGAGUAA